UCAGAUUCACUUCUGCUGUUGAGUGUUGGAGGGAGCAGCACAUUGCAGGAGCAUAACGUGACGCACAGGGAACCGGGACACACACAUGGCUAUCAAAUGGAUUACUGUGACAUAUACUUGUGAACUCCAACACAGCAAGAACAAUAGAAGCAGCAUACGCACCAAGGAGCUGCAAGGAUCCUGCCGUCCUUUGUUGUCACAGUGACAGAAGAAUCAGUGACAGAAGGAAAACAGAAAGAAAAAAAACUUCUUGAUUUUGAAAUAGACAUACUGAUUUUGCGUCCUACCUGAUUCAUACAGGGGCCAACUGAGGGACUCGGAUUGACAGCACUGCAGAUGUGAAUGUUUUGGGUGAAAUUCUGACAGCUUCUUGUUCCCCUGCUGCACCACUGAAGUGGAUCAUUGAGUGACAGAGACGCGGCAAGAGUAAAGGACACGUGUGAGAAAGCUUACCAUGCACUGACAGCAAGGAAUGGAAAGCAUCAGUGUGGAAACGGACUGGGAUGGGUUAGCCCUCUCCUCUCUGCCUGCCGCUGGACGGAACAAUUUCUCCUCCUCGUCUUUGUUUGUCUCCGAGCUCAACUCCCUCAAUAGUUCUCACAGUGGGGGAUCCUUCUUUGGGAUCUUCCCUGAGAACGGUUCCACCACCACACCUCACACUCUGCCCCAGCCCCGGGGCAGGGACCUGGGCCUGGCCCGAGCUGAGAUCGCUGUGCUCGGGGUGGUUCUGGCUCUCACCACCUUGGGGAAUAGCUUUGUGCUGUGGGUGCUGCUGAGGAGGAGAAAGCACAAUGCCCCCAUGCACGUGUUCAUGGUCAACCUGUGUGUAGCUGACCUGGUGGUGGCCUUGUUUCAGGUUCUUCCUCAGCUAAUAUGGGACAUCACAGAGAGGUUUCAGGGGCCCGACUUUCUCUGCCGCUCCAUCAAGUACUUACAGAUUGUGGGCAUGUUUGCUUCCUCCUACAUGAUAGUUGCCAUGACGGUAGACCGGCACCAAGCUAUCUGCUGCCCCUUACAGGCUUACCGCGGGGGGGCAAUGUCCCGCUGGAACACCCCUGUCAUGGUGGCCUGGGGCUUGGCGCUGGCGCUCAGCAUACCGCAGGUUUUCAUCUUCUCUCGCUCAGAAGUCGCUGGAGAAUAUGAGUGCUGGGGUCACUUUGCAGAACCGUGGGGGCUUAAGGCCUACAUCACCUGGAUGACCGUGGCAGUCUUCCUCCUGCCCGCCUUGAUAAUCACCAUCUGUCAGAUAAGAAUCUUCAGAGAGAUUCACAACAAUAUCUACCUGAAGUCAGAGAGGAUGGUGACGGCCGAGUUGAAGAAGGACGAAAUCCUCUUCCGCUUCCACAGCUUUAAGAAGGAGGACGAGCGAGCGAGGGAGAGAGGGAGACGGGCGUCGGGGGGAGGAGUGGGGAGGGAGGGCAGAGGAGGAGGAGGAGGAGGAGGAGGACAGCUUUUAAAGGGUGUGAAUAACCACCCUCACAAUAACAGCCAAGCUGGAGAGUCUUACGACUAUGUACCCUCUGCCGUUCAGUAUAACAGUUGCUGUGGUGCACCUGUGACAACAACAACAACAACAACAACAACAACAACAACAUCGACAACACAGCAGCAAACAGUUAACAGCUCAGACUGCCAGGAGGCAUACGUGCCCUACGAGCUGGCCUCAGGCUCACCCCGCUGUUCCCUCGACUAUGUUGCGCCUCUCCCUCCUGCCAUCCCGCCUCCGAGCAUCACUAAAGCCAUGUCCAAGACAGUGAGAAUGACCCUGGUCAUCGUGCUGGUCUACACUAUCUGCUGGUCUCCUUUCUUUAUAGUCCAGCUUUGGGCGGCAUGGGACCCCAACUCUCCAAACCAAGGAGUGGCCUUCACUAUCCUGAUGCUGCUGGCCAGUCUGAACUCAUGCACCAACCCGUGGAUUUACACUGCCUUCUCCAGCAGCGUGUCCAGAGAGCUGCUGAACCUGCUGCACUGUGGGUCCAGACCCGGCCGUCGAGGCUCCUUGCCAGAUGACUCUACCACCACACACACCUCUACCACCAAGGACAGUUUGUACUGACAGAGACUGAUGUAACAGCAACAGACACACACAGAGAGACAUGUUUGAAAUCAUAAGACAUGCAUGGAUGCACGUGCACAUGUUGCAAGGACAUGCAACUCCACAGCAACCGCCAACCUCCCGGCGUCACAGCCUGAGAGCAGAGAGCACUGACCUCUACCAGAUGUUUCCAACAACAAAGGACAGCUGUACUGUCAACAGGACCUCCAUCUGUAAUCACCUGUCCCCUACACCCCAGCAAGGGAGGAAGGGUGUCAUUGAAGGUGUCAACACCACUUUAUGAGGGCCCUAUGAAGUUUACAGGGGCUGUCAGAGAGCAUCUGCAAUGCAAAAAUGGCCACAAAAGUUGCAGUUGAGGGUGGAGAGCAUGUUUGUUGUUUCAUCUGAGAAAAUGUCUCGUCCCACUCACAUAGAGCAGAGCCGCAGGAAUGCAAGGGGUGGGUCAGUGUGUUAAUGGCCUUAUGGCAUGCCUAAUGUACAAAGCAGCAGAUGAAGCUAUGGACAUAGAGAAAAAAAAAAGCAGCAGGCUGAGGGAGCGAGACUCGCUGCUGGACUGAGAACAGACAGGGGAUGACAUGGGUGUUACAACUGUGGGAGUGUCCCUGGGAAGGCUGUGGUUGAAAUCUAAUAAUGUGAACAAACUGUUAAAUCAAAGAAAGUGGAUUAGAGACGGAUGCUUGGGGCUGUAUUUAUAUUUGUUUAGGAGGAAUCCGGUUCCAAAGAACAAUGGUGAUUUGUUAGGAGGAUGGAUGGCGUUUGACUCACAAGGACGGUGCGUUAGAGUCAAGACACUGCCCCAGAAGAGGAACUGGGGGAGCAUGGGUUAAUGCAGACAGGAGGAGGGUUUAGGCCUGGAAGAAUACAAAUGAACAAUCCAGGUUUCCUCAACCAACUGGGACACAAUUAUGUGAUUGUAUUCUGUACAAACACAGCAUAUGAGGUACACAAAUAGUCCCUUCCUGUCGUGCUCUCCUGAAAGUACGAAACAAGAAUAUCAAGCAGAGGACACAGGAAAGAAACAGAUAGGAAACAUUCAACUGCAUUCCAUGUAAAGUGAUGAACAAUUCAAAGUGUAUUUAUUGCAAAUGUAAGGCACAUUAUUAUAUAGUGUAUAAAAAAAUGUUGAAUGUAAAUCACACAUUUGAAAUGGUCCAAGAUAUGUAGCUGAAAACAAGAAGCUACAAGAGAAACCAAAGAUAUAAGGCUAAUUCAGGUCUUAAUUGUAGAUAAUAUAAAGCCUCAACAGAUAAGAUAUAUGAAGUGUAAAGACAGGGAAUAUACUCCCAGUCAAACUAAGUGCCUGUUUUGUCAGAGAACAUCCCUCACUGGAUUAACCUCGAAUGAUGUCAGCUGUGUUAUUGUUAGAGAGCUACCAUCACAGCUGGAAUCAUUGGAUAUGUAAUAUAUGCUAGAUCACACAAUGAGCCAUGCAUAUUUUUACCUUUUUAUUUAUUGUUUUGUAAAUGAAAAUAUACAUACAUAGGAUGUAUAUACAUUUCACUUCCUCUUAUUGCCUUAUGAUUAUGUAGAAAUCUAUAUAAAAGCAUUUCUUGGACAAAAAGUAAUCUAUUAUGCCCCUUAACUGCAUGAAAGACUUCAAACAGAACUAUUAUGGAAUCUUCUUCUAAAAAGUGAGAUUAAAUAUGCUUCUCCACAUGACCUACAUGUGAUAGCUGUCUGUGUGUAUAAAAUAUGAUAACUAUAUAUGUGGUUAAACUUUGACUAUGUGUUCCUGGAAAUGAAUGUUUUUUUUAAAUGCUCAUUUUGAUCCAUGAGAGAAUAGUGUUCUCCGUGUGUGCGGGACCAUACUGGGAUGCUUUUAAAGCGUGUCUCAGGAGUGCUUGUCUGGGUCGAAAGGAGAAGCCUCACCUUUUCCUCUGUGCAGCCAGGGUGUUUGAGCUUUUAGCACGCCUCUGUGAAUUUGUUCCCGAGACACAAAGCUCCACUUUGAUUCUCUGCCAGCUGAAAGGCUAUGGCAACAUCGUCCCUUAUCUCACUGUUAUAUCAGGAAAUAGAUGAACUUCUCCCAAAGCCUCGGGGUGUUCAUAUAUUUUUCUCUUCCUGUCAGGAAGUGAAGAGGUCAGAGGAGGAAUCUUUUUUCCUGAUAGGGCCAGACUUUGAAUCCAUCAGGCCUUUUGAUUGAUGCCAAGACGCCAAACACACUCAGGUUGUGCAUUACAUUUUCCGCACAGCCAUUAGUGACCAUUACAAAAGCUAAAUAAUAAAUAGAGAAGCUGCUGACACACUAAAUAAACACCCACUAAAAUUAGACCUAUCAGUGCUGAGAAUUUUUCCCUCCGUCAGUACCUGACAGUAGCUAUUAUCACCCCGACCACCAUCAUUCCCUGUUGUCAGAGCAUAUGAUAGAUGGUCUAUAGGUUAUAUCCCUGCUUUUUUGUAUUCCUGCAGUGUGUGUGUGUGUGUGUGUGUUUGAGUGUUUGAGAGAGAGAGAGUCAGUCAGUGUUUAUUCUGAACGUCUUGAUGCUUAUGGUAUCCAAGCUGAAGCAAGGUUGAUGUCUAAACUCAAGGUCACUUCUUCAUUACUGCGGGGCAGAGCUUCUUGCGAGGGGGUAUAAGGGAAAUAAAUGAGCCCUCUGUGUGGCUGUCACAAGGGCAGGAGAAUAGGUAAUUUUCCCUCUUCAAAUCAAUUUGGGGUCAGCAGAGGAGUGCAUCCAGAGGCUCUGACGAAUGACAGAGCAACCCCCAACCCCACCCAACACACACACACUUAGACACACACUCAUAGACACACACCCCACCCCAGCCUUGACCAAAGUCGGCAUAAAUCAGACUCGGAGCCAGGAGCUUUACUGCACUGAACAAUGUGUCUGCAUUGCUUAACUCAAGACCACUCUGCAAACCUGAAGACUGCUGAGGCCGCUCCUAAGCUCAUUCCAAGACACCGGGAGGUAUAUCUGAACCCCACCAUCUUACACAACACACUCUAGUGUCUGUGUUAGAGGGGAACAGUGGAGCAUCAUACUUUAUAAACAGUGGAAGUAAAAGAAAUAUGAGCAUUUUCACUCUUUCUCUCUCUAAAAAUGAUGAUUGUUUUUCUUUCUGGCUUUCUAAGCAGUUGGAAUUUUAUUUUUAAAUAGCCUGUUUCACUCAGGAAAUGUUUUCUAUAAAAAGAGGUAUUUGUACCCAUUGCCUUUGUUUACAACAACGGUUUAUCCCUUGGCAGUUUUCAAGGUGAUUUCUUCCAAAUAUAGCCAUUCUUUUAUUUUUUACUGCCUCGCCUCACACUUAAGAGCAGAUGAAGUGUUUACUGAUUUACUCCUCUAAGAGCCGACAGUAUCAAGGUGAGCUUUUAUCACCUUACCCACCUUGUUUUCAUUACUUGAAGCUUGGUUGUCCUCAUACUUAAACAAGAGUCCUUCAUUUUAUCCUUCAUUGUAAAUAAAAAAAAGACAUGCGGACGGUGUCUGAUAAAAAAAAACAUUUUAGGGGAGGUCAUACAACAUGCUUUCAAGGGGGUUGUCUGCAACGCAUUAGUUUGUUGUGAUAUGUCUGCUCCUGUGUAACCUGCGGUUUCUCACGGCUCGAUGCCAAGCUAUGAGCAGAGCAUGACUUAAAAAAAAUAUCUCCUUUACUGUGGUUUACCACUUAGUGUGAAAUGUGAAAGGGGUGUCUCAUUUAAUGGAGGAAAAUACAUUUUCAAAGACACAGAAAGUAAAGGGCAUUUUGCCAUAUAUGGCUUGUUUUUGACUGGCAACUGCAUCAACAGGCAAAAUGGAUUAGAGGAUGCCCAAACAGGAGAGGAAGAGGCAUAUAACAGAGAGGAAGUAAGAAAAGCUUUGAACUGUUUCUCUAUUCUCUCCAACCACAGUCAAAGGUUUUUUUUUUAUCAGCUACACAUGUAUCAUGGCUCACUGUACAUCACAUCCAUGAAAUAACCAGAACAAUAACUGUUAUGGUAGAGUAAUGAGGUGGAAUCCAGCGUGAAAAGAUACAGUCUAUUUUCUGAUUAUUGAGUUAACCCCUAUGUUUGUUGUUCUUGUUCUGCUUUUUGAAAGAACAGUGUGAAAGAAGUGCGAGCAGUAAAAACUUACAGCAGACAGUAAGUGUGACUUCAUGUGAGAGUAGUUCGUGUGACGCCAGUUUCCACAUUGCUGAAUCUCGCUAAGCCCAUUGCUGUCUGCCCCCUGAACUGCUGUUUUACACACCCCUGUCAAAAUAGCUUUUUUCUGCCUGACAGCACACACACAAAGAGAAAACUAAACAGUGAAAAAUACUUAUUUUCUUAUGUAAUAACGAUACACUUAAAAUUAGAGCACAUGCAAAUGUAAAAAAACAAACAUGUUGUGUAAUCUUGUAAAAAAUAAAUAAAUCAGAUUUAUCAGUU